AUGGCAUUCUUUCGAUAUAUCGAAGAAAUGGCAUUCUUUCAAUAUAUUGAAGAAAUGGCAUUCUUUCGAUAUAUCGAAGAAAUGGCAUUCUUUCGAUAUAUCGAAGAAAUGGCAUUCUUUCGAUAUAUCGAGGAAAUUGCAAUCUUUCGAUAUAUCGAAGAAAUGGCAUUCUUUCGAUAUAUCGAAGCAUUGGAUAGUUUAGAGUUUUCGAUAUAUCGAAGGUGGCAUGUUCUUGAUAUAUAA